GAAACGAACUUCUUGACUACGAAACAUCAAAACUAGCAUCUCUCGCAAAUCACUCUCAAAAUUUCCUCCAUUUUUGUCGAAAAAAAAGGACGACGAAAUUCAUAUUCCGGGAACACCAACCCUGACUCCGUUUUGACGCGGCUCCGAUGGUCGCCGCCGGCGCCUCAGCCGCCCCCAACCCUCCUCGCCCCUCGCCCUAGGGUUCGAUCCGAACGCCACCAGAAUCUCGCGCCCCUCUAUUUUGUCUUAUUAUUAUCAUCCAUUUCUCGUCUCCCAAUUUCAUUCGCUCGAUUUGCUCCCGCUGCAUCUGAUUCUGUCCUGCCCCCCGGGGAAUGGAUUGGGCGCAGCAGCAGCAGGGCGUGAGCCUGCCGGCGCCGCGAUCCGAGCUCCACGCCCCGCGGAUGCAGUACCAGCACGGCGGCAGCCGCAGCCGCAUGCCGCCGUUCGCGCGCGGCGGCGGCGCCUACAGCCGCGGCCCGAAGCAGUUCUACCCGCCGCCGCCGCCGCCGCCGCCGCCUCCGCUCCCGGCGGCCGCGCUGCCUCCUCCUCCGCCGGCGCUGAACAAGUACGAGGUGCUCAUGGAGGCCGGCCGCCUCGCCGCCGAGUACCUGGUGGCCAAGGGCGUGCUCCCGCCGGGCUCCGUGCAGCAGCGCGGCGGCGCAGUCGGUGCUGUGGGGUGGGGCCAGCUGCCGCCUCCUCCUCCGCUGCCGGCGGGGCAGGAAGCCCCGGAGUACUACAACGCCAGGAGUGGCCGGCGGCAGGUCGAUGAUGAGUGUGGUAUUCGUAACGCCCGCUCGCGGCGGAACCGUGGUGGUGAUUACGGUAGCAGCAACAGCAGCAACUACAAUGGAAGGGGGAAGAGGAAGUUUGGGGCUGAUAAUAGGUAUUCCGAUUCGGGGAGGGAUAGGGGGAGGAACAGGGGGUAUUUGGAUACCCGGAGUUACGAUGAGGAUGAUGAGGAUGGGGCUCCUGGGUUCAAACGGGAGCGGCGAAGCAGUGGUGGGAUUGAUGAGGUUGGGAGUAGCGUGUCAGGUGUGGCUGGGGAGGGGCCAUCAUCGAAGGUGGAAGCGAUGGGGGAGUCGGAGCUGGAGGAUACUGGGUCAAAGGCUAGUUCUAACAGCAACCUUCGACAGAAGGCUGAUGCUCUGCAAGAGGUGGAGGAUGAGAACGAGGCAAAUAAAAUGCAGGAGGACAGUGUGGUGUCUAAUUCAGAGGUAGUGGAGCAAGUGUUGAAUUUAGAGGGUAAUAUCAACAAUGAUUCUUCUGGUGCUGUUCAAGAGGCAGAGACAAAACAUUUGCCAGUAUUCUCAGGUGAAAAAGUCUCAGAUGGGAGGCCUGAAGAUAGUGGCAUUCUGAGUGAGAAGGUUGAAGAUGAUAAGACUUUGCAUGAGAAGGCUGAAGAUGAUACAACGUCAGAUGAGGUCUCCAUUAUGGAGAACAAUUUACCUAAUGAUUCUAUAAAUUUGCUAGGCUAUUGUAGUUUUGCAAGAGUUCCAAAAAGACCACGAUCAGUGCUUGCAAACAGGAAUGCAGCACCAGCCCGAAGAGAAUUUGCUGUGUCUGGACAGAUCAAUCUGGUUACUGCUGAAGAAAUAUCGCAGACAACAAUGGAUGGAGAAGCUAACACCAACUUGAUAACUAAUAUCCAGGAAGACAGCAAAGAUGAAGUGGUCAGACAAGAACAUGCUGAACAAAGCACUACCUGCAAUCAUGUGUCAGAAUCAAUGACAUUCCAGGAAAAGGGAACACAAGAUGAAACUGAAGAGAUGGAAGAACAGAAGAACAUACCUCAACAUUAUGGAGUUGAGGAUAAGGAGCCCAAUGAACCGUCUCCUUCAUUUGCUUCUCACCAGAAUAGCUUCAGUUUGCAAGUUGAAAAAGGAAUAGAAAUUUACAAUUUAGAUACGCCACCACAGGAUGAAGUGUUGAUUGAUCCACCCGAUAAAGGAAAAACAGUUGAUUCGGAGUUAUUGCCUAAUAUGAAAGCAGAAGCUGGUGUCACAAUGGAAGAGGAAAAGCUUGGUCAGUCUAGCUCAUUUAAAAUACGUGAUCUCAACCUGGUUGGUAGUCCAGAGGUUGCUGACAUGCGAGCUGAUCCUCGUUUAGGCCAAAGCUCCACUGCUGGAUGUCCAGUGGAGCUACAAGAUAAUCAGCAAGUUGAAUUUGGAACAACUCUUGGUAACAAUUCAAGUAAUGCUGACACAUUUUUAUUGGGAAAUAAGGCAGUUCAAGUUAUUGAUAUCGAAGAUGACCCACCAAUUGAAGCUGGUGCUUGUGACACUUCAAAAGCAAAAGGUGAGAUGGUAUAUUCUAGCAUGGAGAACUUGACGAACCCACCCACGAACACCGAUGCCCUUCAUGGUAUCCAAGAUGGCUAUAGUCUUGCGAUUUCAGAUUACCUUGGUUACCAAUCAAUACAAACAGACCUUCAAGCUGGGAUGGACCUAAAUGGUUCAGAGGGCAUAACUGUCAUGGAUGAUCCAAUAUAUAGUUCUCUUGGCGACAUAGGUUUUAUGGAGGUUUGGGACCAGCAACCUCAAGACUACGAAAAGUUCUUCUGAGGCAUGAAACCAUGUUGCUGAAACUGUCGCAUACAUUGACAGAUAAAUACGAGUUACACAACACUUGCAUAGACAGAAACAAAGCCGCAGAUUGUGCCAAACACAUAGAAUCCCGUAUGCUCGUGCGGCAGCUGCAUCUCAUACACUUGCAUAUACCAGGCCAUAUUGCCACUUUUGCGAUACCAGGGCCAGACUGGAGACGCUCAGUUGCCCUGGCUUGUUACCCGACACACACACUGCUGUAAAGAGUUGUCGCAUAGCUGUCUGUCAUGUAACUCAAGGGAAUUCAAGCCAAGCCUGAUAUUCAUACCAAACAAUUCCUCUGUAAACAGUUCGAUAUUUUGCAAAAUAAAUGGUUUAUUUGUUAUAUCUGUAUUCUUGUAUAGUGCUGUAACCUGUAAGCUGCGUGUGGCUUGUUUGGAAACGUAUCAAAAGUAAGGCAAAUAUCCCUUCAA